UGUCCUGCACUCUGGGGAUGGGGUGGCAAUCUGGAUGAGUUUUCCUGUUGAGCUCCCUGUAGUCGAUACAUAAGCACAGAGUACCGUCUUUUUUUCUCACACAGACUACUGGGGAGGAAUAGGACAAAGUGGAUUUUUCCACCCACCCCUGCGCUCUCAGAUCCUGUAAGUAGUCUUUCAUCUCCUGGUACAAGGGCUUUGGGACAGACAGAUAUGUCCUCAACACUGGUUCAUUAUCUUUUAGUGAAAUGUUCAUUUGCAGAUUUUCCACACAGCCUAUGUCAUCAUCAGACCUAGAGAAUGACUGUGAUUCUUCUCUUAACAUCUGACUUAUAACUUGUCUUUGCUGUUCAUUCAGGUGUGUCAGGUCAACAAGGGGAUCCAAUUGCUUAUCAGUGGGUGUGUCUUUACUAGAACUCUUAGCCUGGACUUUGUGGACUGAGACAGUAGGUAGGCAGUCUGAUUUGAAUAUGUUGGCAGGAUAUACUGAUCUAACAGACUGCAUUGUUCCAAAAGCAGUCCUUCCUGACAAUGUGAUGUCAUGGCUGGUAGGAUUUUGCACACUGACAACAAUUUUUGGGGUCAUGUCUGCCUUCACUGACACAAGAGUGUCACAAAACUUGAGGCUACUGCGGGUUCUCAUGAGGCUCAAAAAUCAGAGUCUUAUCCUCCUUGAACGGUGGAGCCUGUAAAUGACAUUCAAUCUGGAUGGAGCUGCGUUUAGGCACACUGACUCUCACAUUCGCUGUUCUCACAUUGUGCUUACAUGGCUGCCCUGCACUCACUGCAUUAAUAAAGGCUUUGGCUCUAUUCUUCCUGAGGUGAGGGAAAGCUAUCCUCACUGUUUUCAAGAGCUUUUCUCUGUCCCUGUGCUUUGUCCGAUCCAGCACACUAUUCACCACUAGGUACUCAAUGACAUUAAAGCCAAUAAUGGGACAUGGUUGUUGAUUACCUUUUAGCACUAGCAUGGGUAUCAGUAACUCUUCAUCAUUGGCAGUAAGUUUAAAGCUUACCUCAAGCCAACCAAUAUAUGGCAUUUUUGUUCCAUUGGCUGCUUCAAUGUGCAAAGGGUCAAGUGGAUCAAUUAGUUCUGCUACAUCCCUUAGUUUUGCAUCAGGACUGGCAGGCAUGCGUGUGGAAUAAAAAUGUGCGAGGCCUUUUGUCCUGCUGGUUCCGAGGGACAGCUUUGCCCUCGCACAGGAGAAUAGGAGCUCGGGGAGAGCAGGUCUUUCUUCUCUCAGUAGAGGAGAGAAACAUGGCUGCUUAAAGAGGAGCAGAAGAAGCAGAAGAAGCAGAAGAAGAGAGGGAGGACCUCAGUCCCUUCAGCCUGGAAAUGCACUUGUUUUACCAGGGGACAAGUGGAGUCAGAGCCGUCUUUGGAAGCCAGUUUUUUUUUCUGAAAUGGAUUCAACCUGCAGCUCUUGAUGUUUACUGAGUGGAAAGGAUAGUGAGGAGAGAACGCAAGUGGAGUUAACACACAGUGUCCUGUAGGCUGGUAGAUAGACCAGUAAGACCAAUAAGACGUUCAGUUCAGGAUGGAAGAAGCAGCUGAGGACAGAGAUAAGAUGACCAGCCAGCAGGCUCUGUGUGUCCCUGAGCAGACGACCAGCAAACGUCCUGGCAUCUCUACUCUCAAAUUGUUUAUCGUAGCGCUGUCCUUCGCCUAUUUCUCCAAGGCCCUGACAGGGACCUACAUGAAGAGCUCCAUCACUCAGAUUGAGAGACGUUUUGACCUCUCCAGCACACACAUUGGACUCAUAGAUGGCAGUUUUGAGAUGGGCAACUUGUUAUUUCUAGCCGUGGUCAGCCAUUUUGGUGCAAAGCUGCAUCGGCCUAGACUCAUUGCUGUGGGCUGUUUCCUGAUGGCUGUAGGGGCAUUUCUCACCGGCCUGACACACUUCUUCAUGGGGCGCUACAAGUAUGACACAGUCAUCCAGGCUUUCCAGAAUGACACUGUGAACAUCGCUGCCUGUGUGGAAACACAAGAUGUGCCUGAAAUUCAGAUAGAGCCCUCUGUGGAAGACAGCAAAGUCUGCGUGAAAGAGUCUAGUUCCAACAUGUGGAUCUAUGUAUUCCUGGGGAACGCACUGCGGGGGAUUGGAGAAACCCCAGUCACACCUCUGGGCAUCUCCUACAUCGAUGACUUUGCUAAAGCUGAAAACUCCCCCUUCUACAUAGCUUGUCUCCAGACUAUUACUCUCCUGGGCCCCAUGUUUGGUUUCCUCCUGGGCUCCUACUGUGCCAAACUAUAUGUUGACAUUGGCUAUGUUGAUAUGGAGAGUGUGACCAUUACUCCUAAAGAUGCCCGCUGGGUGGGCGCCUGGUGGAUGGGCUUCUUUGUGUCCUCUGGCCUCCUGCUCAUCUCCAGCAUUCCCUUCUGGUUCCUCCCUCGCUCACUGCCCAAGCAGGAGGGAGAUAAAGACAAGCCAACUCCCGCCCGAGAAACCUUUGAUGAGACAGAGGAUGCCCUCAACAACAACCUCAAACUAACUGAAAUUGCAAAAGGGUUUCUUCCCUCGCUGAAGCGUCUGUUGGGAACUCCUGUCUACUUCCUGCUCCUUUGUGGCAGCAUCCUGAAGUUCAACUCCUUCAUCGGCCUGUUCACCUUCAAACCCAAAUACAUGGAGCAACAGUUUGGACAAUCUGCGUCCAGAGCCAACUUCCUCAUAGGUGUGCUGAACCUGCCAGCAGUGGCAGUGGGGAUCUUCCUGGGAGGGCUGCUGAUGAAGAGGUAUAAGCUGAGCGUGGUGUCAGGGGCUCAGCUCUCCUUUGCCACAUCCUUCCUGGCGUACCUCCUCUCAUUGUUGCAGUUUGGCACCAAGUGUGACAACAUUCCCGUGGCUGGGCUCACCAUCUCAUACAACGGGACGCACAGUGUAUCACACAACAGUGAAAUGCUCUUCUCAGAGUGUAACAGAGACUGCUCGUGUUCAGCAGAGGAGUGGGACCCCGUGUGCUCAGACAGCGGCAUCACCUAUAUCUCUCCGUGUUUUGCCGGCUGCCACAGCUCCAGUGGAUACGGCAAGAACACAGUUUUUCACAACUGCAGCUGUGUGUCUGCCUCCUACCCAGCAGGCAGCAGCACGUCAGUGAGGCUGGGCCAGUGCCCCCAUGCUAAGGACUGUAGCCGCAGUUUCACCUCCUACAUGGCUGUGUCUGUUCUCAGCUCCUUCAUCAACUCUCUGGGAGCCACUCCUGGCUACAUGGUCAUCAUACGAUGUAUCUCACCAGAGCUUAAAUCCCUUGCACUGGGUAUGCAGGCAUUGGUAACUAGGACUCUUGGUGGAAUUCCUGCACCAGUAUAUUUCGGAGCCCUGAUUGAUUCAACUUGCCUGAAAUGGUCGCUCAAGAAGUGUGGUGGCAGAGGGGCGUGUCGCAUUUAUGACUCUGAAAUGUACAGGAUCAUCUUCCUGGGUCUUAUCACUUGUCUCAGUGGUUCCUCCUAUUUCUUUAUCAUCGCCGUUAUAGUCCUCCUCAGACGUCAGUUCAGGAAGCCAGAGCAAGAAACAGAGACGCAGCGAUCAAAAGCUUCAAAGGAAAUUGAACUUCAGACCCCAUCAAAGCCUGCCGAGGACCGACCCAGUGCUCCUAAAACUCCCAAGCUCCCUCUUGCCCCCAGAGUUUGGGUAAGGAUUGCAACAGAACUGGAGGAGGGAGAGGAGGUUCACAGUACAGAGCAGCUCUCUCCCUCCACUCAUAACACAGUGGAGACCACUGUUGAGCUCACUCCUCCUAGUUGUGGAGCUAAGACAGAGAUGGACGGGCUGAUGUCAGAGGAGGAGGUGAAAGAUGGGAAAGACAAAGUCUGCGAGGAGAUCAAUGCACAGGUGAAAGAAGAGGAGCUGGACCAUCACAUAGGGGACAAGAAUGAGUCAGAGAAAGAAGCAGCACAAAUCAUAGAAACUGACAACCCACAAAAAUAAGUCAUUAACAGUGUAUUUUCAACUACAGGGUCAAACAAGGCCAACUGGGACCAGUUAGGCCAAAAUUCACAAUCACUUAGAUUGUCAAGAUGGAUUGCUUAUUCCUCUGGGCUAACCUCAUCUAUGCUAACAGUAUUGUUUCCUCUUUUACUGUAUUACAGGAUAGAGCUGUUACGUUACACUUAGUCCUGAAGAGGAAGGGGACUACCAGUGGUCCUAUUUCCACUUCUGCAUAAAUUAAAAUGUAGAAACAUUUCACAAUAAUGGGCAUUAAAAUGGGGUAGUGCUGGAUGUGCACAGUGACCAACAAUUUAAUGUGCGGAGACUGUGUAGCAACAAGUUUUUAUAUCAUGUGUGCAAAUCAUUAAAGAGCAGCCCAGCAAGACCCAGAUUGAACGCAUGAUAUAUAGCAAACUCCUUGGCUAAAACACUGUACAUGUUUUUGUUUUUACAACAUUAAAUGAUACCUUGAAUGAGUGA